CCUGAUCUUUCUCCUCUUUUCUAUCCGUCAGGGGAAAACGCUACGUGAAGCACAAUGGGACCGUUCCAGGAAUAUGAGGAAAAGAAAUCACCGGAGAAAGGAAGCCCCCGCAGCCGCAUCCCACGCUUGGUCCUCCAUCCAUUCCGACCCAAAGACAAAGGAUCGCCACUGUCUGACUCCCCGUUUUCAGAGGAGGAGGGAAAAGAGUGUGACAUGAGCUCAGACCACUCCAAAAGGACCAUCAGCACCAACAGCUUUUGCUCUGGCUCAGAGCAGAGUGCCCACGGCUCGCCAGUACUCCCCGAGCGAAAGACCAAAGUGAAGAGGGUGAGGGUGAUGGCCGAGUGGAGCGGCGAACCGAGGAGCGCGCAGAGGCACAAGAGGGAGCUGAGGUCGGCCAUGAAAGCCAGAGGUAGUGAGGCAGACUUCAGCUCCUCCAGCAGCACAGGCAGCCUAAAGAUCAGGGAGAGCCUCACUUGCAAUGCAGCUGGAAAGAAAGCACCUUCACGCAGUCGCAGCAGUCACAUCAGAUCGCUCCCAGUCUUCAAACCAGCCGGAAGCCCAACAGCAAACCGCGAUGCAGAACUCUACGCUCCCUACAGGACCCCCCCCAGAACUGCAUACUCAACCACCAACAGCAGCAGCUGCAACUCCAGCCCCACCUCCAGAAGAGCGAGCCUAGGCCGCUACCACUCUUGUGGAGACAACCAUGGCAUCAGACCCCCCAACCCAGAGGAGUACCUCACACCUCUACAGCAGAAAGAAGUGGCUAUCAGACACCUGAAGACCAAACUGCUAGAAUCUGACACCAGAGUCCGUGACAGAGAGACUGAGAUUGAGGAGCUUAAGAGCCAGCUGAGCAGGAUGAGGGAGGACUGGAUCGAAGAGGAGUGUCACCGGGUGGAGGCUCAGCUGUCCCUCAAAGAGGCUCGCAAGGAGAUCAAACAGCUGCGCCAGGUGGUGGAAACCAUGAAGAGCAGCCUGAUGGAGAAGGAUAAGGGAAUACAGAAGUACUUCAUUGACAUAAACAUCCAAAACAGGAAGUUGGAGUCCCUGCUGCAAAGCAUGGAGCUCGCCCAGAGUGGUGCCAACCUCCAAGAUGAAAACACCUUGGAUUUCAUCUGUGAUAGCCCCGAUAGUGGCGGGAAAAAGGAGGUUGGGGAAGAAGAGGGUGGGAUUGAGUUAGAAGACCAAGGGGCGGAGGCGAUGGCGGACAGCGGGCUUCUGGUGAACGAUGAGAUGGCUAACAGAGCUGACAUUUUGGAGCAGGUCUUUAUGUCCACAGCAUUGGAUUUCAGUCAGGACUCUAGUGGCAAGCUGAGGGUCGGGGUAGAUCCUGGUCCUGGGGUGUCAGCACUGUCAGAAGAAGAACAGUUACUUGAUAAUUCUAUUGCACCUCCACUAGCCCAACCAGAUAGAGGUUCCACCACCUUCUCCUCAAGCACCCUCUCCCAGCAGAUCACAGAAGAAAAAGGGGUCCAGACCGACCUGACGCCCAUGUCUCCAGAUCUGCAGGCUCUGCUUCUCCAGUUGCUAAAGUUCCACGGUGCAACAACAGGGGAACCAGCUCUAUCAGCCUCUAGCACUCUCCUGGGCCUCCCAAACCUGCCCACCUCCACUUCCACCACUGCUAAUACGCACGAUUCGACACCUACCUUACCACCUAACUUACCAAGCAUGCCCAGCCCCGCUCCCCCUGAGAGCCCAGACACCUCUACCGAUUCUGGCAUGUUCUGCUCGGAGCCCGGAGAGCCACGACGGUUCAUGGAGGAGCUGGACUUCAGCGUCACAGAGGAGGAACCCUCUCUGUCACCGGGGCUGGGCGUGGUCGGCAAGCGUUACUGGAGCAACAGCUUCCUGGUGGAUCUGGUCGCAGUAGCAGCUCCUGUGUUGCCCACGGUGGCCUGGCUGUACUCGCAGCACGGCGUGGAUGGCAGCGCCCCGGUGUACAACAUUGCGGCACUCAUCAGAGGUUGUUGCAUCAUGGGUUUGCACUCUCUUCGUCACGUCGCUCACAGGCCUAAUGCGUAAUGGCUUCCAACCCGCAUGCGCACACCUAACCUUGAA